AUGGAGAAUCCACAGCAAGAACAUUGGACGGCGGUGAAGCGCAUCUUUCGUUACUUGCAAGGGACCAAGUCGCAUGGAAUUCGCUUCCAGCCAAGCGACAAGAUUGACUUUCGUGGCUGCUCGGACGCGGACUGGGCCGGCGACCACGCUGAUCGCAAGUCGACUUCGGGUUACACUUUCAUGCUGAUGGGUGCUCCUGUGAGUUGGGGAAGCAAGAAGCAGUCAAGUGUGUCGCUGUCGACGAGUGAAGCGGAGUUCAUCGCACUAAGUUUUGCCAUCCAGGAAUGCAAGUAG